ACCCGGUGCGCUUCCAACGUGGAAGGACUCCGUCUGCGUUGAGUUUCUACGAAGCGAACGAGCAUCAGUGCGGAAAAUGGAGGUGGCUCAACGAUCUUCGAAGCGGAAGACAAUGGCGCGAGUUCCAAACAUCAAUCCAUCGGGGAGUCCAGUGAUGAACACGAGAUCGCGCGCCAGGAAACAGGCAUCGAAAGAACCAACGGCCGAAGCACCGAAGACUGAAGUUUCACCUCAACCCAAAUAUUCGAAGCGAAAAACCGUGAUGCUACCACCUGCCUUCGAGAGCACACGAAUCGAAUCUGCUCCGACCGUCCGCAAAACACCGAACAGCCCGGGGAAGAACGGAUUCGAAGAAGACAUACCCAAGAAGGAGGAGCAGUACAAAGAUGUUUGCAUCCAGACCUCCUUGUGUCGGAACUGUAACUCAGGAAACUCCUGGUCGUUGUGGAAGCCCUUCUUCAUGGCGUUCGUGCUAAUGCUCGUGACCCUCUACUGCAGGGGCAUCAUCAAUAUCGAGCUGUGGAAGCAGUACGCGAUGAACUUGAACAACCCUUCCGUCAUGUUGGCACAGCUCAAAUUAGACGAGUACUGGGAGUUCUCCAACGCGUCGACGACGUUGCGAGUGACAGGCGUUUGA